CCAACACACAUUUACACUCUCUCACUCCAGCUCUCAGUACCUCUGUCCAGACAGCUGCUCCAGACCUCGCCGCCCAUUUCCAUUCAAACUUCAAGCCACACUUCUGAGUGUGUGAGCCAGCAAUUCAUCCAGAGCCUGCUGUGCCUUUUUAAGGAGACUCAUAGUUUGUAAAAGUUUCGGUUGGAGGAACAGUACAGAUACCAUGAUGAGGAUCAUACUGCUGCUGCUGGUCGCCCUGACGGGUCCCUUUUGUACCUUUACCAGCGCAAGUACUCUGGUAGCGCCAACAGCCUUGGAUCUAAAUGUAACAGCAACAGUUGAACCAGAUCAGCCUACUGUUACAGAAAAAACAGAGAAACCAACUGCACUUCCAACAGUAGUGCCUGUUUCUGAGGUUACGGAGGUGUCUGCUACAGCGGAAAAUACAUCAGUGGUUACCAUACAUAUACAAUCAACGGUAUCAGAAGCAGAAAACACAACAGAUCCAACAACAUCAACAGAAUCUGAUCCUGAAACCGAACAGCCAGUUUAUCCUACUGUCAUUCAAGAAAUACCCACAACAAUUCAAGAAAAUAAUAAUACAGCAAUAGCGGAGAAAGAUGUGGAAAUAGAAGAAGCUAUGGGCACAGGACAGUUGGUGGGCAUUGUAAUCGGUGCAUUGAUCGCAGUUAUUGUUGUCAUUGCUGUUAUCAUCUUGGUGGUCAGGAGAAUGGGCCAAUACUCACCCUAAAAAGAAAGUCAGCAAGACAGAAAGAAAAGAAGAAAUUCUGGAUGUUCUGAACGUGAACUAUUGUUCUUCUAGCUGCACUAUCCAGGACUAUAAGGGAGAGCAGAAGAGUUCGCAUCCUCAUAUUUUCAAUUCAUGAGGAUUCCUUUCAACCUCCUUAUUUACCCCAUCUACCCUGCAACUCCCUUAUUUAGCUUUUGUAGCCCAAUUUAUGCCCCCUGAAGGCCACAGGAAGUUCAUGUAUCUAAAUUUUAAAAUGCAUAUCAAUGUAAACAAGAGACGUGUGUAUGUGGUCAAGCUAACUGUGAGUUUGCAAGCAAAAGUUUUUUAUUCCAGUGUAAAUAUCAUACAAGGAAACUCCACAAUCUCUUCAACUGUCAAAAUAUUUGACAAAACACAAAACGAGGCUGAUCCAAGAUAUGAUUUUAAUUCUUAAUAUUUUCAUGCAAAGGUGUCCAAAGAGGAUGACGCAUUAUGUACAGUUAAAUUGUCAUAGGCAGACACUGAGGACAUGGUUUGGUCUUGGUCUGUCUGACUCAUUUUUAUAAAACGUCUCAAGCGUAUAUAUUUGAAGUAUUUGUUAAGGAGAGCGAAACACUUUAGGGCUCCCAUAUAAUUUUAGAUUUUUUGCAUUAAUUUUUUAUUUUAUUUAAGUGCAUUAAUAAAAAAGAGACUUGCUUGUGUGUUCAAAACUGUCACCCAUUCCAAAAGUGACUUACUAUCAGCUUAGCUCCAGUGCACAUCUGCUAUUGGCAUUAGCACACAAGAUCUGUUUGUACCACACCCUGGAGUGUGUUUCUUUAACAGCAUACAGUCAUUUUCAGACAUCUUGCAUGAUUUACAGUAGUUGUAUGCAUUUUUCUGUGUCAGUGUUGGGAUUUUUCGCUAAAGUUUAUUAUGUGUCUUACUGGUGUUUUUAGAACAUUGCUAUCUUGGGCUUCCUAUGAGAUCAGUAAUUAGUGCACUGAAUAUUGAAAAGUAAAUGUUCAUUAAGAAUGGCUUUAGACACUGCAACUGUUUGCUACGAUGUUUUGCUGUUUUCUAUAAUGUUUUUGCCAGAUUUCUGUUUAUAGUUUGUCACACCAUGUUUGCAGUUCCCUUUUGAGUUUGGAGACCUUUAAAAAAACAGUUUUUGGGGUAUUUUCUGUCAUUGUUGUUCAUUCUGUUUCAAUAAAAAAAGUUUAAAUGUUA